GACGUCAAAAACCGGAAGCGGAAAAUAAGGGCAGUUGAAGCUGGAGGAGAAAAGGGUGACUCGCGCAGGAUCGUCGGGACGCGUCUCGCGUGUCGGGAAUGUAAGAGCAAUCUGCCAAGAUGGGGAAACAGUUUGGGAACCUGAUGAAAACAAGGCAUGUUGUCAGCUACUACCUGUCUCCGUUUGAACAAAAAAUGUUUCCCAACAUCUCACACAGGAUCUUAAACACUUGGAGACGGUUCAGUUCCUCGUUCUUUCGGGUGACGCCUCCAUUUGUCGUUGCGUACAUGGUAUAUUCCUGGGCGAACGAUAAUAAGAAGUUGAAGAGAAAAAAUCCGGCUGACUUUGAAAACGACGAGUAAAAAGAAGAUUCAUGGGGAAAACAUUUCUCUCCUUUUUUCCCCCUUCCUUAUCUAUCCAUCUGUCCAUUCGUUUCCGAAGAUACGACGCACAGUCGUAAGAACACUGGCAUCCAAUAAAUCUUUGUGUUCCUUC